AUGUCACAAGACGCUUCUCAUAAUUAUGAAACACCAAGAUAUUACUCCCUAAAUGGACUUGAAACAGUUCGCGUAAUAGGCAAUGAUUCAAAGCAUUUUCCACUUCCAGGAAAAUCCCAAAGAAAUAAAGAUGAUCCAAUUACAUUUACCGAAAAAGGCACAGGUAAUAAUCAAGAUACAUACAUAAUCAAUUGGAAUUCAGAUCCACCACCUUACAAGGCUUAA